UUCGGCUUCGGCCUCGCCCUUCCCGCCCGCCCCUCGGGCCACGCCUCCUUCCCUUUGCCACGCAGGUCCUGCCACCAGGCGCUGGGGUCCUAGCAGCUGCCGCCGCUGGACCCGACGAGCUUGGGCUGCGAGCCGCGGAGUUGCGGUGUCCCUUUGCUCCGGGAGGCUGGGCCUCGCUGGGCGGGCGGACGGGCCGCGAGGCUGCGGGCGCGGAGUCGGGCGGCGCCGAAGAGCUCCGGAACAGCCCGAUCUGCCGCGCUCGGCGCCUGGGCGCGCGGAGCUGCCGCGGCGCCGCGCGAACCAUGGCUGGCUGCGGGGGGCUGGCCCUGCUCCUGGCCGCCCUGCUGGGCAGCGCGUGGGCGCGGAGGAGCCAGGACUUGCACUGUGGAGCCUGCAGGGCUCUUGUGGAUGAACUGGAGUGGGAAAUUGCCCAAGUAGACCCCAAGAAGACCAUCCAGAUGGGUUCCUUUCGUAUCAACCCUGAUGGCAGCCAAUCAUUUGUGGAGGUACCCUAUGCCCGCUCAGAAGCUCACUUGACAGAACUGCUGGAACGGGUUUGUGAGCAAAUGAAGGAAUAUGGGGAACAGGCCGACCCUACCACUCAUCGAAAGAAUUACAUACGGGUAGUGAGCCGGGACAAGAGAGCUAAUGAGCCAGACAUGGAAAGCAUUCGAAUUGACGGAGACAUCAGAGCCAGCCUCAAAUUUGCGUGUGAGAGCAUCGUAGAAGAACAUGAGGAUGAGCUCAUUGAGUUUUUUUCCCGAGAGACUGACAACGUCAAAGACCGGCUCUGUAGCAAACGUACAGAUUUGUGUGACCAUGCCCUGCACAUAUCUCACGAUGAGCUGUGACCCACUGGAGCAUCCCUCAACCCAAUCAGACCUGACGGAUCACCCCUCAGGAGGGGAAAAGGGGCUGCAAUGCCUUUUAUAUGAUGUUUUUACUAAAAUGAACCCAAAAAAAGGAGAAAAAAAAGAAACCAUGGUGUAAAUGAAGUUGUGUCUUCCCACCAA